UUGAUGCAUUAGCUGACGAGACCAAGACGAAAGCAAAGGCUGCUCUUACACUGAUAAUCACAUAUUUGCCACUUCCUGAGCUCUGUUCCCUGACCGUGUAAGAAAACCUGCGCUUUCAAGAUGUUUGAAAGCAAAGCCAAGGCACGAGGUGGGACCUUUAAAUGCAAAUCUGAGCGCUGAACGGACACGUUGAACAGCCAACGCGUGACUCGGUUCGCUUCCGUUGCCGCCCAGACAUGUCAGAGCCUGGAGAGGACCGAGUAACAAAAACAUAAAACACACCUCCGCUCACUUAGCUCGUCUUUCAACUUGAUACCGAUCGUUUUUGGUGCUGUUUUAACUCUGCACACCCGAGUUCAGGCGGUAGAAACGAAACUGCUCCGGCUGAAUACUGACGGGAACGAAUUGGAGGAACUACAGAAAUUCCGCUAACAGCCAGGCAGACAGAAUGGCAACCACCUGUGGAUUGAGAACUCUGAAGAAUGAGCCAGUCCCCCUGAAAUCUGUGUCAGUGGAGGUGGGCGUCCAGGGUCACGUAGCAUCGGUCAACUCCACCCUUCAGUAUGAGAACCAGGAGUCCAAUCCCGUGGAGGCCAUCUUCAUCUUCCCCAUGGACAGCAAUGCUGCCGUUUACCGGUUCCUGGCCCGUAUCGGGGACGUCGAGAUCGAGGCCCAAGUCAGAGAGAAGGAGAAGGCAAAGGAAGAGUAUGACGAUGCCAUAAGCUCUGGGCAGGAGGCCUUCCUGCUGGAGGAGAGCGACGAGAGCUCUGACGUGUUUCGACUGAGUGUGGGGAGUCUUCCUCCUGGACAGACUGCCUCUGUUACCGUGGGAUAUGUCAGUGAACUGGCUGUACAGGCUGACCACGCCCUGAGGUUCUGUUUGCCUGCUGUGCUCAAUCCUCGCUACACCCCUGCAGGCAGUAAGAGCUUAACGGCAGAAGUGCCGGGUGCCCAGGCUGGUGAUGUGCCGUAUACUCUGUCCCUCACCAUGGACAUCUACUCUCCCAGUUCCAUCCAGAGUGUGGAGUCUAACUGCCCCCUCACCCCACUGGAGUUUUUCUCUCAGGACAAAACUCAGGCCAAAGUGAGUCUGAGCCCAGGUCAUCAGUUUGAUCGUGAUGUUGAGCUCCUGCUCUACUACAGUGAGCCUCACCAGCCCAUGGCCAUAUUGGAGGCAGGUCAGCCGGGUGUUCAGUCAGGGUCAUUAAUGGGUGAUACUGUAGCCAUGCUAAGUUUCUACCCAGAAAUCCAUGUUGAAAAAUCAUCUCCAAUGAUGUCCAGUGGGGAGUUUAUAUUCUUGGUGGAUCGUUCGGGAAGUAUGGGCUGUCCGCUAAACCGCAGCAAUGACAACGAGAGCCGCAUCAGCAGUGCCAGGGACACUCUGCUGUUAUUGUUGAAGAGUCUUCCUUUGGGUUGUUACUUCAACAUCUAUGGUUUUGGGUCACAUCAUGAGUCUUUCUUCCCUGAGAGUGUGGAAUAUACUCAGACCACCAUGGAAACUGCUCUAAAUAAGGCAAAGUCAAUGCAGGCUGACUUUGGAGGAACAGAAAUCUUUCAACCCCUCCAGAAUAUUUACAGCAAGCCCUGCCUUCCCUCACAUCCACGACAGCUUUUUGUGUUUACAGAUGGGGAAGUAGGAAAUACCAAAGCUGUUGUUGACCUGGUUAAGAGACAUGCUCACUCUCACAGGUGCUUCACCUUUGGCAUUGGGGAGGGGGCCAGCAGUGCACUGGUGAAUGGCAUGGCUGAGGGAGGCUCUGGACACCCACAGUUCAUCACUGGAUCGGAGAGAAUGCAGCCCAAGGUUAUGCAGUCUCUUCAGUUUGCCUUGCAUCCUGUGGCAAAAGACAUUGCAAUAAAGUGGAAUGUUGCAGCUGGGAUGACUGUAAAUCCACUUUCACCUCCUGUUAACAUGCUCUUCAACCUUCAGAGAGUCAUACAAUACUUCCAGCUAACAGAACAGAAUGCUAGUAAUAUCUCAGGCUCAGUGAGUCUCCAUUACACUGUGGAAGAUAAAGCUUUGGAGAACAAACUCGGCUUUAGUAUGAAGCCUAAGACUGAUGGCAGCAUGCUGCUGCACAGACUGGGGGCCCGAAAAGCCAUUGUGGACCUGGAAGGGAAGGUGAGAGAGGGAGAUGACAAGAGUGCGAAAGAGAGAGCAGUAGAGCUGAGCAUCCAGUCAGGAGUGAGCUCCUCCUACACUGCGUUCAUUGGAGUCAACAGGGAGAACAAGGAGCCGGUCCAGGGGCCCCUACUGCGCAGAAACAUACCUGUUUGUCAGCCUAUGAUGCUCAAGAGGUGUAAAGUUCAACGUGGGAUGUUAUGUUCGGCUGUGCUUUUCGAUAAAAAGUGCAGGAAACCUGCGCCUCAAGCCUUGAGAUGCAUGAACUCUCCAAGGCCUCCAUUCAUGCAACAGGAAGAUUUCGGUAGAGUCGAGUAUCAGUCUGCAAGAUCCGUAGGCUUUAAAGAAUUUGCUGCAACUUCUGCUGCAAUUGGAAUACCAGAAGCACCAAAGAUAAAAAGGGAGGAUCCCAUGUUGGAGCUGAUUGGUCUGCAGAAGGCUGAUGGGUCCUGGGACCUCCACAAAUCCCUGACUUCCAUCCUAGGGAAGAAGGAAGAGGAAGUGACCAAAGCAUCACCUGGAAAGCCUGAGUUUUCUUCAGUCUGGGCCACAGUGUUGGCAGUUCUAUGGCUACAUGGACAUAAGGCUGAAUCCAGGGAUGAGUGGCAGUUUGUGGCUACAAAAGCAAUGACCUGGGUCAGAGCUCAGUCAGGGUUUGAUUUGACAGAGUUUUUAGCAGCUGGGAAUUCCUUCCUGGGUCUCCAGGUGAAGCUGUAGAGCUUUGGCAUGCAAGAGUGAUCAACUCCUUAAGUGCUCUCAAUAAUGUCCAGACACUGAAAAAGAAUGAAUAUUUUCAUAUAUUGAAAUACCCAUUUAUCUAUACCUUUGACUUUAAGAUGAUUCUUUAACUUUACAUAUGGAUAAUUAUUGCAUGUCUAAUAUCACAUUUAAUUUUACUUUUACAUUUAUUCAUUAGCUGAUGCUUUUCUCCAAAUUUACAAUGUUA